AUAAACACACACACACACACACACACAGAGUGAAAGAUCCUCCGCCAUGGCAGCUAAAAAACGGCCGUCAAAGUUGGCGCCGGCGACUGUCACCGCCGUAAAUCCGCCGAAAUCAUCCAUAAACAAUCCACAACCUAAAUCGGAUGACUCGUCACCCAUAGCGCCGGCUAAAGUUUCGUUAAUUUUCAAAAUCUCUUUAAUAUUCUUAAUCCCGUACUUUUACUUAAUAUUUUAUCACUAUAAGAUCGAAUCGGAGCUCCGGCGAUCGAUUCUCAUCAAUGCGGUUAUUAGUUUAAUCGGAUUCUUCGGAACGGUAACUAUGAUUCCUGUUGCGUCUAAGUAUAUGUUGAGAAGGGGUUUGUUUGGAUUAGAUAUCAACAAAAAAGGCACUCCUCAAGGCUCUAUCAAAGUACCUGAGUCACUAGGUCUUAUUGUUGGGGGUGUGUUCUUGGUCGUUGCUAUCUUGUUUCAAACUUUCAACUUCACAGCUGAUUCAAAUUGGCUUGUUGAGUACAAUGCUGCAUUAUCUUCAAUCUGCUUCAUGAUGCUGCUUGGUUUUGUGGAUGAUGUCCUUGAUGUACCUUGGAGAGUGAAACUGCUAUUACCCUCCAUUGCAGCUCUUCCGUUGUUGAUGGCAUAUGCUGGGCAUACAACUAUUAUUAUUCCAAAGCCCCUUGUAUCAUAUGUUGGAUUAGAGAUCUUGGAUCUAGGACGGAUCUACAAAUUAUAUAUGUGGCUACUGGCAAUAUUUUGCACAAAUUCUAUCAAUAUCCACGCUGGUAUCAAUGGCCUUGAAGUUGGGCAGACAGUCGUUAUUGCAGCAGCUAUUUUGAUACACAACAUCAUGCAAAUUGGAGCAUCUGCCGAUCCUGAAUACAAACAAGCCCAUGCUUUCUCUAUUUACCUUGUUCAGCCAAUGCUUGCCACUUCCUUGGGUUUACUUUCAUUCAACUGGUAUCCUUCCUCAGUUUUCGUUGGUGAUACCUUUACAUAUUUUGCUGGAAUGACCAUGGCAGUGGCUGGAAUCUUGGGUCACUUUAGUGAAACACUGCUUAUAUUCUUUUUGCCGCAAGUCCUGAACUUCCUACUAUCACUACCUCAGCUAGCUGGUAUUAUACCUUGUCCAAGGCAUCGGCUACCUAAGUUUGACCCUCAGACUGGCUUAUUGACCGGAACAAAUGAUGGGACGCUAGUGAACUUUUUCUUAAGGCAAUUGGGCAGAAUGUCAGAACAGUCCCUUUGUGUUGUGCUACUGGUUUUCCAGGCGAUCUGCUGCUGCUUCUGUUUUCUGUUGAGGUGGCUCCUUACAGGAUGGUACAAAUGAAGCUGCGACACUAGAAGAGCUAUUUCACUUUGGACGAACAUCAAAGGAAAGAGUAACUUAACACUGCAUGAAGAGGUUUUCCUCUUAUGAAGAAACGACGAUGCCAGCCAUACUUGGAAGAAAUUGAUAGCCUAUAUAUUCAGGUAUGGCUGUUGAAAUGAACCAAUGUUGUUGGAUCUUGUAACCUAUACUGAGUCCGUAGGAGAAUUUUGUUAGAAACCGUGUUGGCACGGGUCAUACUUAGUUUCUUUUCUUUUUUUUUCUUUUUGUCAGAUUUUGAUGUUGCAAAGCGUGUAUCUUGGUAAUUAUGUCUGUUUCGAUUAUUUUUAACGCUUGGUAACAUCUUUUAGAAUCAGUAAAUUGAAAUCUUUGAAUGCUCCUUUUUUAA